AUGCUGAAUAAAAAUUUGGAAUUGAGCAGAUAUUGCAGGCCUUACUAUUCUUCACAUGAUAUUUAUGAGGUGGACUGGGGUUCGAAUGUUAAUUAUGUUGUGAAUUUGAACGGAAAAACAUGCACUUGUGGAAGCUUUCAAUUAUAUGGAAUUUAUUGUCCACAUGCUUGUUCAGCAAUCCUAAAUGCUAAGAAGAAUCCCGAGCUCUACAUGGAUGAUUGUUAUACAAAGAAGACAUACUUGAAGGCAUAUGCACUGCCUAUAGGUGCUAUGCCUUCGAAGGACCACUGGGGAGAGGCAAAGGGUAAGCCAUUAAAAACACUUGAAAUUAAAAGACAGCCUGAAAGGCCUAAGAUGAAGAGAAUCAAGAGCGCUGAUGAAACUAAAACUGCUAGUACAUCCACAAGAAGGGGUCUAACUGUGAAUUGUCAGCAUUGUGGUGUACAAGGACAUAAUGUCAAAACAUGUAAAGGUCCAAUUAAUCCAAGUUCUCCAUACCAUGUGCCACCAGAAAAUGAGUGCCUGUUGCAAGGCAAAAAAACUCCUUCUAAUCCACAAGAGUACCAGUGGGGCAAGCUGAGUGAAGGGCCUCCUUCUUUUGCAAAUGUUUUGAAGGCUAUCAAUGCUAGAAAGAUGCAGUUGCAGAAGUAA